CGACGAUGGCGGCUCCUAUUGUCACUAUUUCCUACAACGAGCUUGUCUCAUUUGACAGUGAUGAUCCUGAUGAUAAUCUGGUACUCAAAGUGGGGGAAUCUUUUGGGUCUAAUUUAAACUGUUUGGGCAUCCUAGCCGUAACUGACAUUCCUAACUUUUCGUCUCAACGGCAAGCGCUGCUGCCCUUGGCGUCUAAACUACCUGCGCUACCUGAUCUGGACGCGGUAAUUCGAUCUGAAACGCUAUUUUCGACAGGAUGGUCGCACGGUAAAGAAUGCUUGGUCCCUGGGCGGCCCGAUGUUGCCAAGGGAAGUUUCUACGGCAAUCCACGCACAGAUUCUUUUUUGAAGGAUCUGACUGCUCGGGACGGUCGGGCCGAAUUGUGGAAUAAGCUGGCGAUUCAGCAUCCCGAAUUUUACGCCGAUAACGUUUGGCCAGAGUCUUUGCCGAUUUUGCGGGAAGCUUUUAAAAACAUGGGACAAACGUUACUCCACGUGGGAGUAUUAGUAGCUGCCGUUUGUGACGUGUAUUGCCAUCGACACGGUGUCGAAACUCAUUUCCGAGAUACUCUGCUACGAUCUCUCAACUGCACAGGGAGACUCUUACACUACUUUGACAUGUCCGAAAAUAACAGCAAGGAAAAAGAUGCAAUGUGGUGUGGUUGGCAUAACGAUCACGGUUUACUGACAGGUUUAGUCCCAGGUAUGUACAUAGACACUACCACGGGUCAACCCGUUGCAUGCACCGAUAAUUCCGCCGGUCUCUACAUUCAGACUCGAGCCGGCAGUGUGGUCAAGGUCACUCUGCCGUCAAACGCUUGCGGUUUCCAGAUUGGCGAGACGUCGCAAAUUCAGUCGGGUGGCAUUUUACAGGCGACGCCUCAUGCCGUUCGACCUUCAUCACAGUCAUCCAUCACGCGAGAAUCCUUCGCAGUCUUUCUAGAACCUGAAUUUCACGAACCCUUAGCAAUUCCAUCAGGAAAA